CCCUGCAGGAGCCCGCCCGGCAGACAAUCGUAAAGCUGCUCGGGGGUCGCUCACCUGCUCCCGCCUCCUGGAGCCCCUACCGGGCCUGACCACUCCUGCCCCCUCCAUUGCCCGCCCCCUGCCCGAGCCGGGCCAGGAGCCGAGAGGUCCGAGAGGCCGGGGAAGGAUGCGGCCAGCAGCUGCGGUCCCGAGCCACGCAUGGUGAUCGCCUCCUCCAGGGGAGGAGGCGCCUAGACCGUUGCCUCAUUUCUUGUUUUCCUCUCCCUCCCCCCUCCCGGUAAUUACAUUGGCUGCUGGAAGGGACCUGGAGAGACAGAGGAGGCGCCUCGCAUCCCCCUCUCACCCGCCACCCGUGCUCUUUCCUGUCCCGGGUCAGGAUGACUGGAGUCUUUGACAGUCUGGUGGCUGAUAUGCACUCGACCCAGAUCACCGCCUCCAGCACGUACCACCAGCAUCAGCAGCCCCCGAGCGGUGCCGGCGCCGGCCCUGGCGGCAGCAGCAACAGCAGCAGCAGUAACGGCAGCCUGCACAAACCCCAGGAGUCGCCAACCCUGCCGGUGUCCACAGCUACCGACAGCAGCUACUACACCAACCAGCAGCACCCGGCGGGCGGCGGCGGCGGGGGGGCCUCGCCCUACGCGCACAUGGGCUCCUACCAGUACCACGCCACCGGCCUCAGCAACGUCUCCUACUCCGCCAAAAGCAGCUACGACCUGGGCUACACCGCCGCGUACACCUCCUAUGCGCCCUACGGAACCAGUUCGUCCCCGGUCAACAAUGAGCCCGACAAGGAAGACCUAGAACCUGAAAUCCGAAUAGUGAACGGGAAGCCAAAGAAAGUCCGGAAACCACGCACCAUCUACUCCAGUUUCCAACUGGCAGCCCUUCAGCGGCGCUUCCAGAAGACACAGUAUCUGGCACUGCCGGAGAGAGCCGAGCUGGCCGCUUCUCUGGGCCUCACUCAGACUCAGGUUAAAAUCUGGUUCCAGAACCGCCGAUCCAAGUUCAAGAAGAUGUGGAAAAGCGGUGAGAUCCCCACCGAGCAGCACCCUGGAGCCAGCGCUUCGCCACCUUGUGCCUCCCCGCCGGUCUCGGCGCCAGCCUCCUGGGACUUCGGCGCGCCACAACGGAUGGGGGGCAGCGGCCCGGGCAGUGGAGGCAGUGGCCCGGGCAGCUCCGGCUCCAGCCCGAGCAGCGCCGCCUCGGCGUUUCUGGGAAACUACCCGUGGUAUCACCAGGCUUCGGGCUCCGCUUCACACCUGCAGGCCACUGGGCCACUUCUGCACCCCUCGCAGACUCCGCCAGCCCCCGCAGCACCCCACCCCCACCACCAUCACCACCACGCAGGCGGGGGCGCCCCAGUGAGCGCCGGGACGAUUUUCUAACCCUGAGGAAUCGGCGCCAGAGACUUGAAAACUGAGACACGGUGUUCUCCAGUAAGCGCCCCAUAGCUAGAGGCUCAAUCCUACCAGCCCGCGACCGCCACCCAGCCAUACUGGAAGUGGCGACUGGGGGUGGACGGUGACCCGUCGCAGAGCCACUCCUCGCUCUGUCACGGAGCAACUGGGAACAAGCAGGCCUUGUGGGAUCCUCUAGUGCCAAGCCCGGCACCCCUGGCCGCAAUUUCGACAUGAGCCCCGGCCACUUUUAGGCCCACCUCGGACUUGUCGCCCCUUCCCAGCCCUCUUAGCGUGAUCCUCAGGGACCUUGGUCUCUCCGGUCCUGAACUGGGUCAGGCACAGGGACGCCUCGCCCGCCCUAGAGGCUUCCCGGUACUCAGAGGUUCCUUUCUCCUCGCCUGCCCCAGGGCUCAGCUCCUGUCAGCUUCGGUUAUUGACCUCCCGGGUCCUGCCCCCCCCCCCAUGUACCCCCAUGACCCCAGGAUCCAGCCGUUUUUUUUUUUCCUUCCUUGCUGGGGGCGGAGGGGGGUGGUUCCCAGCCCUAGAAACCCAGAUCUCUUCCCGCCUUCGCCAGGAACACUCCCAUAGCUCCUCAUCCAUCACCAGUGGAGUUUUUUUAUUUUUAUUUUUUUAAAAGUUUAGGUGCCUUUGCGGAUGACCUCAUUUUGAUGUUUUAAAAAAAAACUGAUUUUUUUAAUAUGUGGACGCUGCAAAAAAUGUGUUUAAAGUAUCUUUUUUAAGAUGAAUUAAGGACUAUUAGCCCGGACUUCGACACAGAGUUUGUAAAUAAAGGUGUCUGUGCAGAUUUCCCCACGUUUAUUUGUAUAAAAUUCCUCAACUUUUCAGACUUUUUUGUAACCCCCCAGUUGUGAAAACUGCAACUUAGCAGUGACCUCAGAAACCCGUUCGUUUUAUUUUUUUCCCUUUGAAAAUUUUUCUCAGUUAAAUUAAGCUACUGAUUUGAAUUUCUUUUUAUCUUGUCCUAAAGUCUUUGUUCUUGAAAUGCAAGGUAUUUGGGGGUUAUUUAUUAAGAAAGCAACAUACUCUUAAUGUUGAUUUUACAAUAUGAAGAGAUUAUUUAAAUAAAUUAUUGUUUUCAUUGGA